AGUUGCUCAAUAGUUGACUCAUGAGUCAUAUCUGAUAGAGUGUAUUGUCGAUGAUCCAUAUAGUGUGCACAAUUCAAAUUGAUCUCAUAUGUCAUAAGGAUGCCCGCCUGUGGUAUAUAAGCAAUGACCAGGAAGACACUAUGCUAUCUGUUGAAUAGAUUGACAAGCUAGCAUAAAGUUCAUUCAGUAUGCGACAAAAUGCUCUGUUAGGGCUAGUUGCCGCCGCCAGUGUUCUUGCUGAUCCCAUUCUAGUCAGUACGCAAAAUAAUUCUAUGGUAGAAGGGAACGUCACAUUUGAAGAACAGUCGUCUGGUGGUCUCACUUGGGCUGCCAACCUGACGUUACUCGAUGCAGGGUUAACCACGUACGAUGAUUGUAUAUCUGCCGAUGGCAAGUCAAUUGACCUCAAUUGGCAUGUACACGUGGGUAGACCUACGAGCGACGACGCAGUGGGUUCAGAGUGUGGAGCUACCGCUGGUGAUCCCCCUGUAGGCGGUCACUACGAUCCUAACUAUGCGUGUGGGUCAUCAAGCAAUGAGCAGGAUACGUGUACGGAGCUGAACAAGACCUCAAGUAACGGUUACACAUACGAUUGUAACCCCUCGACAUAUCUCUCUGAUCCCAGUGUGUGUGAGGUGGGUGAUUACUCUGGAAAGUUCGGCGCGAUGAAAUUCAUGUACAGCGCAGACAAUACAACGGCCACAGCAGAGGCGAGCGGAAGUGACCCAUUUGGGCCAACACUGUCCGAAAUUACAAACAUGAGUAUCGUAUUCCACUGUGCCUCGCCUCGAUUGUUCUGUGCCACUAUGCUCGCGAGCGAUGACGGCAAUGCGGCCGUAAAAGGGGCGGGUUUGGAUCUAGUACUUAUGAUGGCAGUCACUAUCAGCUCACUAGCCUUUCUAAUGUGAACGUAGUUUCCACUUUAGAGAAACACAUCACGACCGAUCCAUAUAGUAUAUCGGAUAACUUCCUGUAUGAAAUCCUGGAUGUUAGCUGUUGAGCUAGUGUACGUACGUCAGUCACGGAAGCAUGAUCUUGAGAUAUGUUAAACAGCACUAUGUGACGUCAUGCAGAUAUUUACCUCCACGUCUUACGGCUUUCACGACAUAACGUAGGGAGUUGCUCAGGAAGCAUACCUUAUUUUGUGAUCCUUUUAUUGUACCCAUCGACUCCAAAUAUCAUAACACAAUACCGCAAAUAAGUGCUCGAGUAGCUUAUAAUGUUGCCGGUUUGAAGUACUGUGAUCGCUUUAGUACGUUUAUGUACUCAAUAAUAAUAAAUGGAACAUAAACGAAGACAACCA